AUGCGAUUGUUCUCUCCUCCACGGAGAGAUACCCUCCUCAACUACUCAGAUAAUGUCAGCAAACCUCCACAAGCAAACCGCGAUGACCUUAUACCAGAUGCACUCGUCCCCCCAGUUCCCGUCGCCCACACGAACCCCUUCACCUCCUUCAAUUAG